AUGGACCCCUCCCAGUUUGGCGAUUUUUCUUUCGCUUAUGCCAACAUGUCGGCCAUGACGGACCAGUCGGCUUCCGUCUUUGACGACCCUUCGGGUUCUGAUCAUUUCUCUCUUCACUCUACCAUGCUUCCUGCUUCUGUAAGCAGUGCCAACUUGAACUCACUGACUGUAGCUCCCAAUGCUAGCUUUGCCAUUGAUCCCUCUGCCUUUGCUGCUACUGGUAUCGAAGCCGGUGCCGACGAAAAUGCCUCCAUCGAGAGACACUCUCCCAGCCACAACUCAGUCGCAGACAACACAAACGACGACUUUGGUUUGUCCGCCACAGGCCGUGCCGAUGAAACUGACUUUGGCAAGACCAAAGACGACAAGACAGAAACACCAGCUUGGAGCGAACUCAAAACAAAGGCCGCCAAGGACCGAAAGCGUCUGCCGCUGGCUUGCAUUGCCUGUCAUCGCAAAAAGAUUCGCUGCUCUGGCGAGAAGUGUGCCUGCAAACACUGCCUCCGCUUCCGAAAACCAUGCGUUUACAAAAUCACCAACCGCAAAACUGCACCCCGCACUGACUACAUGGCCAUGCUUGACAAGCAUCUCAAGCGCAUGGAGGAGGGCAUCAUUAAGAUUGUCCCCAAAUCCGAUCAAGACAAUCUUUCUAAAGUAACUCGCGCCGUGGUAAAACCUGCAAUGCCCGGCACCAGCGCCGCCAACAAGGCCGCCGCCAAGAAACGCCGCGUCCAUGAAGCCUUUUCUCCGGAGCUCGAAUAUUGGGUAAAUGCGCCGUCUAAAUCCAAAAUUAACGACGGUGACACUCCUCCGAUGGCCGCCGACUCUCAAGAUAAGGAAGAGACUAAACUGUUCUGCGAGGGAAUCGAUGCUCUGCCCUCGAAAGAAAUCCAGCAACACCUCGCCGAGGUCUACUUCGAUAGCGUUUAUGGACAAGCGUACCACCUACUUCAUAAGCCAAGCUUUAUGCGCAAGUUAAAGAGUAAUUCUCUGCCCCCAGUCCUUGUGCUAUCCGUUUGUGCUGUAUCUGCCAGAUUCUCAAGAAAGCCCAAACUUCCAGUCACAUCGCGACCAUUUUUUCGAGGAGAGGAAUGGGCACAGAACGCCAUAGAUAUAUGCACAACGCGUUACGAAUGGCCAAAUAUCACGAUUUUGACAUGUCUACUCAUCCUCGGUCGUCACGAAUUUGGUACGUGCCACGGUGGCUGCAGCUGGGCACUCGGCGGGCAAGCUAUUCGCAUGGCGUACGCUCUCCAGCUGCACAAGGACCUUGACCAUGAUCCUCAAAGUAAAGGUCAAAAGACGCCUCUCAGCUUCGUCGAUCGAGAAAUUCGGAGACGCAUCAUGUGGGCCUGCUUCCUUAUGGAUCGCUUAACUUACUCUGGUACCGACCGGCCCAUGUUCAUAACGGACGACUCUCUCACCAUUCCGUUACCUGUGAGUGAGCGUUGCUUUCAACUUAACAUGCCUGCCCAAACAGAACUCCUUGAUGGUAGGCCUGGACCUCCCGCGGCAGAGGUUCAAACGGCAGACACCGAUCUACGCAGCAACAUGGGACCGUCUGCGUUCUUCAUCCGUGGCCUUGCUCUGUGGGGCCGAGUCGUCACGUAUUACAAUCACGGCGGGAAAGACCGAGAGCAGUUUGCCCAGUGGGAUGAGCGCUCGCAAUAUUCGAAGCUUGUGCGUGACGUCGAGGAAUUACUCCACACCUUGCCACCGCAAUUACAAUACUCCAAAGAAAACCUUGAGCUGCACAUCACUGAGAGAACCGCCACGCAAUACCUGUUUAUGCACAUGACUAUACAUCAAAGCCUGCUCUACGUUUGCCAAGGAGCCAUGAGCACCAACCAGUCCAAGUCCGACGCGCCCAAGGACUUUAUCCCUCGUCUGACCGCCAAGACCUUUCAUGCAGCCAACAGCAUCUCUCAGUUACUGAAGGAUUCCGAUGAGCGUCAGUGCUUUGUAACGGCACCCUUUGCGGGAUAUUGCGCUUUCUCGUCGUCGUCAGUGCAAAUGUACGGCAUGAUUUCUGGAAACCCAAAGCUCAAAGCAGCCGCAGAGGUGCACCUUGCCAUCAAUAUUAAAUAUCUUAAGAAGAUGAUGAAGUACUGGGGCAUGUCUCACUUGAUGGUGGACGACAUUCGACGCCAAUACAAGAACGCCUACGAUGCCUCUCGCCGCCCUGGCAUGAAUGGUGCCAUGCAAAGUCGGCAGCCGUUGCUGCAGUACGCGGAUUGGUUUAACCGCUACCCGUCCGGUGUGUCCAACAUUGAUUUCAUGGAUCCAAAUCUGCCGAGACGCGCCGAGGGUGGAGAGGAUGCUGUCUUGGAACAAAAGCCAGAGCUGCACUAUGUCGGAGCGUUCCUAGAGAACCUUUCACGGGCUUCCCAUUCCGCUGAUGGCAAAGACCUCAGUAAGAUGCCAACGCAAAAACAAAGGGCUGCUCCUCACAAGAGAAACUGCAUCGGCGUCCACCCUCCCAGUAAGCCGGAUCAAUCGACCCCUGAGGCGCGACAAGUGUCUGCUGCGCCUACUUCUCGCAGAGUUUCGGACCAGUCUGGUGGCACCCCUAGCUUUCAAGUCAACCAGCGCAAAUUCUUGACCCCAGGUAACACACAGCCGCCCAUGGCCUUUACCGCGCACAGCAUGCCAGCUCAAUCGCAGGCAUACAUGUCGACCAUGUCACCCAUCAGCCACGACAACAUGGCGCCAUAUCAACCACAACCACAGAUGCCAUUUUUUGCCGAUGCUGGGCCACUCGGCAUGGGAGGUCAAGAUGCUGGGCUGCCUCAACAAAUGUUUGGUAUGGUGCCGGGCGGCAUCAAUGCGCCGCCGCGAGAGAACAGCAAUGGCUGGCAGGGCAUGCCCAGCGGCGCUCAACCCAACUCGCGUCAAAAUUCGACAGUUGUACCAAAGAACAAUAAUGCCGGCAUGCACCAGCAGCGACACCCAUCUCAGCAUCAGAACCCCAUGACGGCGCCCACGAUGAAUAUUUUCAACCCUUCGCCAGAUAGCUCGUGGUUCAUGGGCUAUGGCAUGGAGCCACCGGAGAUGAACCUAGAUAUGAAUAUGGCUGGCAACGGCAUCGACGGGUAUGCUCUGUUUGCUGGCGGCAACAAUGGCAAUUAUGGAAGCGGCAACGAUAUGCCCCAGCAAAGCCACAUGGGUGGUGGGCUGCACCAUGGCAUGUAA